CUGAAAUAUAAAGCUUCCCCGCUGUAGAUCAGGAAAUGAGUACCGUUGAGAUUGGCUCAGGUUGCACUUACACUUAUGACAAAGACAACUUUAUAAAGAAGGGCGUCUACAAAGCGCAGACCACUGCCCGCUGGGAUGCUGAUCCAGGCGGGCCGUCGACGCUUGCCAUCAAGGUGGUGAGAUGGCCGAAACAAGCAUUUGCAAAUCAAGAUCUCGUGGACCACUGCCAGCGCCUUAUAAAUCUGAAUGACGCUAACGUGGCGGUAUACCGAAAAGUAACGUUGCGCGUAACCAGUAUCGGAGCAACCUAUCUCGAAUUUGCAAUGGAUUACUAUGCAGGAGGCAAUUUGAAAGAUUUCAUAUCUAGUUACGAAAACAACGAUAGCAGCCUACCGGCGAAAGCCCUGUAUGACUGGUCCAAGCAGAUGGCUAGCGGACUCAAAUACCUUCACCAAAGAGGAAUCAUUCAUGGCAGUUUGAAGCCAGGAUGUAUCCUUUUGGAUCGGUCACCGGAUCGUGGGAUCACCUUGCGUAUCGCGCGCUUAGACCGGCAUAUUGCCUUGCAGGCCGAAAAGACCAUGUCCUCCGAUGUAAAGCGAAUGCGAAAUCUGAUUCGUAUCUGCACCAGAUCAUCCACGAGCACGUUCAUGUCCCCGGAAAUGCUGACCAAUCUGGAUCUGGAAACAAGGGACAUUGUAGGCCGCAAAACGGACGUAUGGAGUUUGGGAGAAAUUGCCGUUGAACUGGGUCGGUGUUGUUUCCGAGAAAAGGAGAAAGUUUUGUACAACACAGAAACGAAAGCUAGGAUUGACGUCCGCGACAUGUCUUCUGUAUGGAGGUCAAUGCGAACAGUACAGGGCUAUUCCCCGGAGAUUCCUGACACGGUCCCCGGUGAUUUUGCUCGAAGGAUAUUGCAGUUUUGCAUAGCUAGAAAUCCUGCGAAUCGAUACGGGACUGAAAAACUGCAUACAGAGUUACUUAAGGCUGAGCACAACGUAUUCGGCAAAACCUGGAAGCACCAUCCAGAGAAUCAAAAUGAAUAUGAUCACCACGAGGCCCCAAGGGAAACGGAAAGUGAACGCGACGUUUCUUACCCCAUAGUAGAAGAAGUUGGCUAUUACUGUGAAUACGAGAUAAAUUUCCCGGAUGGCUUUCUCGGACAGGGAAACUUUGGUGCGGUAUUCAAAGCGACCAUAACGCAGCGAAGCAACGGGAAGGGUGAUAACGAUAACGUUUACACCGGCCCCAGAGAAGUAGCCGUUAAGACGGUGUAUGUUGUGGACCGGUCAACACGAGACAGACUGAGAAAUGAGCACACGUUGCGGAAGGAAAAAGAACGCUGGGGAAAACUGGUCAAGUUGCGACAUCCACAUUUGAUGGCUUAUUACAAGUUUGUUCUCAGCAUGUGGCGUGACAAUGCCAAGAUGGACAUUGUCAUGAAUUAUUGCCAAGCUGGUGACCUUAGUCUUCUCAUCGAAGAAUAUAAGAGUCGUGGGAAUGCACUAACUGUGCCUAAAAUGAUCACUAUGACAGCACACAUAUCCAGUGGACUGCAGUAUCUUCAUGAAAACAAUUUCAUUCAUGCCGAUCUAAAGCCCGCCAACGUUUUCUUUAGCGGGCAAAGCGGACCUGGUGGAUGCCUGUUACUGGUCAUCGGGGACCUGGACAAUAGUGUGCUCAUUCGCAACGGCUACGUCGACCCGGUGGAUUUUAAAAUGAUUCAGUUCACAGUUGGUUACAUGUCACCGGAACUGGCGCAGGCCUUAUGCUUCCAACUCGAUGAUCAGUACCUGGAGCGGACCGAUAUCUGGAGUCUGGGAUGCGUAAUGCUCGAUUUGGCCAACUGCUGUUGUAUGAUCAAAGAAACCCAUUUUAGCCGGGGAGAUAAUGACACGGAUUUCAUACGACAAUCAGACGAUCCCCAGGAAGAAGUCUUCCUGAAUAGGAUAGCAAUCGGUGGUUAUAAACGACACAUCUCCAAAGAGAUUGGUCAAGAAGAAGCCGACAUCAUUCGCGCUUGCCUUACUGUGGACAGCAGGCAGCGGAUAACGGCACGGGCCGUGUUUGAUAAGCUGCGUUUGAUGAUGGGCAAUUUUAGCCAAGAAACGCGAGAAAAAACAUUCGGUCGUGGUGUUGUAAACUUCAAUUUUCUCUAAAAUGUUAUUAUGGCUACAUUAGUCCGGAAUUUGACACCUGCGAACACUGAUUAAGGUUCGGCUAACAAGUUAGAUUCUUACUAAUGUAUUUGUUUUCGGCCGCCGUUUUUGGGCAUGAAAACGAUCGACCGUG